CGGGGAACGGGCUGACUGGAAGAUACCGGGUUGGACAUGUUUGUACAAGCUUCCAUUUAAGUAUGGUUUCAGAUUUCCUCUCCCUAGAUUGAUGUCUGAACUAUGCUCCUAUCAUGGUAUCUCUCCCAGUCAGCUAAUGCCAAAUGCUUGGCGUGUUCUUAUGGCCAUAGAAGUGUUGACCGAAAGGCAUAACAUUACAUUUACGGUUGCUGAAGUCUUGUACGUCUACUACUUGAAAGAGCAUCCACAUGAUAAAGGUAGGUACCAACUUACCGUUAGAAACGGUAGUGACCAUUUGAUUCUUGGCAUUAAAGAAGCUAAGCGAUGGAAGGAGGAUUUUUUCUUUGUUCCUUUUGAUGCUCUAGGAUUAUCGAUUGAUCGUGGGAUUCCCCAUUCGUGGUCUCCUGCUAGUAGGAUUGGCCUUCCAUUUAGUUGGGUGUGUGGGCAGGCGCCAGGGAGAGUUGAUCAAGUUCUUCGAAUUGCGGAGGAGGAGCGCUAUUGGAACGUUCUAUUGUCUGAUUCUUCUCUUCGAGACAGCACUUUAUCGGAUCACGUUCCCCGUCAACCCGAAGACGGACGAGAUUUUGCAGAUCGAUUCAUGGCCCAAUCUUCUUUCACUCUUCCUCUGGCUGGUGACGCUGCUAUGGAACAUUUACGCUCACGCAAACAGAAGACUAGGACGACUCCUAGUGUUGAGAAGGAGGCUGUUACUACUGCUGCUCCUUCUUGUCCUUCUGCGAGGGCUCAGAAGAAGAAUAAAAAGAGACCGUCUCCGGUUGAGUCGACCGAUUGGUUGAGUAAUACAGUUGAUCUUUCUUUUCCAUCUUCAGCGGCUGCACAUUCUGAGUUUGGCCUACACCUUGGUGAGGCCAGUAAGCUAUUAUUUCCAGAGGAUCGAGCUCGUUUUGAGAACAUCGGAGAAAUAGCUUCCAUGGAGUUGUCCAUCUCUCGCUCCUUUCAGGGUAUGCAAGGACUUAUGUACGCCUUGGAUAAGAUUAAGAACAUGAAGGAGCAAAUGAAGGACAUGAGGACUGAGCGUGAUACUUUGCGCGGGGAGAUUAAGGAGCUAAAGAGCUGCAAGAAAGAGCUUGAGCGUGUUAGAGAAGAGUUACGAACUCAACUUGAUGCUAAGGAGCAAGAUUCUAAUCGUUUGAAGUCUGCCUUGGCUGAUCUUGCUACUGCCCAAGCUCGUGUGGACAUGUUGGAAGGUCGGUUAGUCGAAAUUGGACUGGAGGCUGAGAUCCAGUGUCGUGGAAAGAUGGCGAUGGAGUAUCGAGACAACAAGGCCGAGUCUUGGGACAUACCCCAGUACAUUGCUGACUAUGAAGAAUUGUUGCGGAUGAGGGCCGAGGAAGACGCUCGAACUAGCCAACUGGCUAACUCGUUUGAAGAGAUGACUACGAACGAUCUCCCGGUGGAUGACUCACAUCUUUCUUGAGUUAACUAUAUGUAAAGUGUUUUAUGUUUUUAAUGUUGUAAUAUGAACUUUUGUCUGGUUGGCUGACUUGCAUGGGUCUGGUGCCCCAUUUUCCCCUUAGUCUAAAUGUUGGUCAGCCAAAUUGGACUUAGACUUAGUAUUUUGGAAUGAUGUUUGUUGUAUGCGCUAUGUAUUUGUUGUAGUAACUGGUUUGGCUGACUUGUAUGGGUCUGGUACCCUAUUUUCCCCUUAGUCUAAAUGUAGGUCAGCUGAGUUAGAUUUAGACUUAGUAGUUCAGAAUGAUGUUUGGACUAUGUGGUUCGUUAUAUGCGUUGUGCUUCUACUUCAGUA